AUGCUUAAUACAAAAACUAAUCUAUUUCCUCCACAUAUUCAUUCUGUUUAUUAUCAAAAUAUUUUAAAAAUUAUUAUAUAUUUAAUUCAAUCAUCGAAUAAUGAUGAAACAUUAAUUCAACAACUUCUUUCAUUAACGAUCGUUACAAUGUCUCUAUUUUUAUCAAGUGGUGAUGUCGAAGCACAAGAACGAAAUGCAAAUAGUCUAGUUCAAUCCUUGAAUUUAUCUUUAAUAUUAUAUACUGAAACAACUUCGAAUACUAUAAAUGGUAAUGAUUGUAUUGAAUUAACAUUAUCACAAGGAACAAAUGCUACUAGUUUACAAUUAACACUAUCUGAUCAAUUAUAUCGUCAAGCAAAAAUUGAUGAAGAAAAUCGACGUUUAAAGAAAAAAAUCGAAAACUGGUGUAAAACUGUUAAAGUAACACGUGAUGGUGAAUUACCAGAAAAUGCUACAGAAAGUGAAAAUAAAGGUAAUGACAAUGAUGUGCGUGUUGAAAAAAAUAAAAAAUAUGGUCCAUAUCGAGCACUUAAUAUUGACUUAAAUGAAAAAUCUAUUCAAUCGAUUCCUACACCAUCACCAUUGACAUCUCAAUUAAAAGAAUCAGUUGCUAAACAAAAGAAGAAAAUAAUUGAAAAACAAGAACAAUCAUCAACAUCGAAAUCCAAACACAAACGAGAACGUAGUGAUGAUAAAGAAUUAUUAUCACCAGCUGAUGAAGAAGGAAAUCGUCCAACUUCUUCUACACCUUCUCCUCCUCCUACUACUUCAGAGAAAACCAAAGUAACAAAAUCAUCAUCAGAAAUAAUAACAAUAGAAUAUUUGAUUAAUCCAGAUCCAUUAAUAGCUCAAGUUGAUGUAAUAUUUCUUUUAGAAAAUCGAACAUCAUUUAUUAUUGAUCAUAUUAAUAUUCAUGUUAUUGAUAGUAUGAAUUCGAAAUUAUUAAAUACAACAAGUACAAAUUUAAUAUCAUUUCCAUCUAUAAGUCUUUUUCCUCAUUCACAAAAUUAUAUUCAUAUUUAUUUUUUUCAAUAA